AUGGACGGAGGACUCGUCUUGAACUUUGCUGCCCCCACAGGCGACUCGGCACUUACACGGAUGGCCAAACCAAAAGGUGGUCGUUGGAAAGACAGGGUCAAGGUUGUCAAGUCCGUCAAGAGGAGGAUAGUGGUCGCUGGUCGCCCCCAGUCUUACUCCGCAUCGACCACGCCUUCUGAACACUCUGCUGCCGGCCCUUCUACACACUCUGCCACCGGCCCUUCUACACACUCUUUUGCUCACGACUCUUCAUCAUCAAACGAUCGCUCACAUUCUCGCUCCAACAACAAUGAUAUGGACUAUGACGACUAUUCCUACUCAGAGUCUGCUGGUCCCAAGGAGGCUAAGAUGAUGCACGGCAAGUCCCAGGUUCAGUCGUCCAUCUUUUCCCCCGAUACCGAGAUCGUCCCCAAGGUCAAAACCAUUCACCGCCCAGUUGGCAAACCUAGCAACGCGCCUCUUAACACCUCGACAUUCACAGGAAUCGGACUGGACCAGGAUCUUGCCAAGCAUAUGGAAACCAAGCUCAGAGUCACCAUGCCCACUACCAUUCAACAAAAGGCCAUCCCAGUACUUCUCGGACCCACCAGGAAAGUCGGGGAUGAUAUCCCCAAGGCAGAUACCGAUGUCAUUAUUCAAGCAGAGACUGGAUCAGGAAAGACCCUCACCUACCUUUUGCCCAUUAUCAACCGUCUAAUCGAGUCCGAGUCGUCGCCUGCACUGGAUCUGGAAUCAAAACGCUCCAUUGGAACCUUGGCCAUCAUUAUGACUCCAACUCGCGAGCUGGCCAAGCAGAUUCUUCAGGUACUGGAGACUCUUUUGAGCAUGCCCGCGUCCUCGAUCACUGGCAAGAAGCGUUCUCAUUGGAUCGUCCCUGGAAUCGUCAUUGGAGGAGACAAGAAAAAGUCGGAGAAAGCUCGUCUCCGCAAGGGCGUCAACAUCUUGGUCGGCACUCCUGGACGUCUUCUGGAUCACUUGCAGAACACAAAGUCGUUUGAAGUGCAGAGUUUGAGAUGGCUGGUUCUGGAUGAGGCUGACCGUUUGCUUGAGUUGGGAUUCGAGGAGUCGAUGACGGCGAUCUUGAAGAUUCUGGAUGCACGUGUCAAGAUUGCAGCCUCUGUCACGAGCGGGAAUGACACCACCAAGGUCUGGCCCCAGAAGCGUCAGACCGUUCUCUGUUCAGCCACUCUCUCCGAUGAGGUUCAGCGACUUGCCGGUACAUCGCUUGUCGACCCAAUCUACAUCAGCGCCAAGAAGGAGGUCGCCAAUGCCAAUGGCAUUCCCGAUUCAGCAGUACUCGCCCCGGAGGAGAAGCAGGCACAACAGUUUUCAACACCUGAGCAGCUGAAGCAGCUUUAUGUUAUUGCCCAGGCAAAGCUCCGUCUGGUUACCCUCACCGCAUUGCUCAAGAGUGCCUUUGCUGGCAAGGACAUGAACGCCAAGGCUCCAAAGAUGGUCGUCUUUUUGUCGUCCUGCGAUUCUGUCGAUUUCCACCACGGAUUGUUUUCUAACGCAGGCAAGGAGACCAAGAGGGAGUCAACACACGACCAAUAUUUCGGCCAGAGUUUCGAAAACGACAACGAAAACGGCGAUGAUGAUGAGAACAAGGAAGACGAGAUACCCGAUUUCGUUUCUGCUUCCAACAGGAUCAGCACCAAGGCCAUCACGGAUGAAAUGUACAAGGCAAAGCGCGAGACGGAGAGGGCCAACGCCAAGAAGGCCAGAGCUCAGCUGUUUUUGAAGGGAGCGAUCAUGCCUGAUGUGCCCUUGUUCCGUCUUCACGGAAACCUGGCCCAGGCCUUGAGAACGGACACUUAUUUCGAGUUCUGCAAGGCCACCAGUGGCAUCCUGUUUGCCACUGAUGUCGCAGCCCGUGGGUUGGAUCUCCCCGAUGUCAGCCAUAUUAUCCAGUACGAUCCUCCAUCGGAUCUGAAGGACUAUGUCCAUCGUGUUGGCCGUACUGCUCGUUUGGGUCGUGACGGUGAAGCCAUGCUGUUCCUGUUGCCCAGUGAGGUCAAGUACCUAGAGCUGUUGACGGCACAGGGUCUCCCCAACGAGGAGGUUUCGGUCACCACGAUCCUGAAGCGAUUGGCUCCUCCAAAGUCGACGGAUUACCAACAGCCCGCAACUGACAUUCAAAACAGUUUUGAGAGAUACAAUCUUCACACACCAGAGAACAUGGCAAUUGCUCGUGGAGCCUUCUGGGCCUUUGUAAAGUCUUAUGCGACGCAUCCAUCGAGCGAGAAACACGUAUUCCACAUCAAGAACCUGCACCUGGGUCAUAUUGCCAAGAGUUUUGGUUUGCGCGAGGCACCCUCGGACAUUCCACAGCCCAAGAAGAAGAAGACGGGAGCAGGCCACCGGCCUGGCAAGGGAGGUGAGGAGGAUGAGACGCGAGCGAACCGUAAGAGUCAGAAGGAGCGCGAGAAGGAGGAGCGGGCCAAGCCCAAGAUUGUGUUGAAGCGCAAGAACGACGUGAGCGAGUUUGCAGUUGGAGAUUACAAAUCGCUUGUGGGGCCUAUGCUCAAGCGCAAGAAGAAGACCAAGUAG